CUAUGGUGUUGUUUUUGUACUAACUAUUACGUUAAAAAGAAAUGACACAUUGUAACAUCAUUGGUUAAGUUGAACUAUUUKAAUCAUUUUCGAACCUCAUAAGUUUUUGUUUGGACAUGAUAGAAGCGGUAUUGCCACGAUUUAUCACCGUGUUUCGUGCUGGCUAGUUUAGCUAACGGUGUUGGCGCAGCGUUUUUAAACUGUAGCUAGUAUGUUUGGUGUUGGCUACUAUAAAGCUCUCUGUAGCUACACAAUGUUUUUUUCUUGCUGUUUUUUUGUUAAACGUCUGUCAAUGUGUCCAUAUUUUAGUUAACGUUAGAUUGCUGCGUUAGCUAACAUUAACGUGUAAUGUCUUCGUGUUUCGUUUCCAAUUGGUUAGCUAAUCCAUUAUCUUGAUUUGAGCCAGUAAUAACUAUUGAGUGACCAGUUAGGAUAUAGAAAACCUAGCCAUUAGGUAUCAAUUUAGGCCUAACGGUUACUCAACCACCCACAGAAUUUUGAUCUGCCCGGAGUACCCCUGAAGUACACCCCCCCGUGUAUUUUACCAGUAAACCUAUGGUCUCAUGACAUAAGUAUUCUCCAGUACCACCCCUAUGGAUAGGCCAAGUACCCCCGGGAACGACUGUUUUAGUAGAUGAUUUCUUGACUUGGUGUCUGUUGUCUACUUGAGUGAGUUGAGACAAAGAGGGAGAUGGCAGUGCCAGCGGCCGGGGGCGUAGACCUCAGUCGGAAAUUUGUGUCAGAGACUGUGAUCGAGGAGAAGAGGAAGCAAAUACAGGAGGAAUGGGAAAAAGUUAGGAAGCCAGAGGACCCAGAGGAGGCUCCUGAGGAAGAGUAUAAUGGGCGUUCACUCUUUGAGCGGCUACAGGAGCAGAAGGACAAGAAGCAGGAGGAGUAUGAUGAGCAGUUUAAAUUCAAGAACAUGGUCAAAGGCCUGGAUGAGGACGAGUCUCACUUCUUGGAUGAGGUCUCCAGGCAACAGAGCCUGGUGGAGAAACAACGCAGAGAUGAGGAGCAGCAUGAGCUAAAAGAGUACAGAAGUGCUCUGAAAAAGCUGGCAUCCAGUGAGAGUCGGAAGGAGCCAGAGAGGAGAGUGGGACCUAGACCAGCUGAGGUCAAGACCAGUCACCUGUCKCAGGCCCAUCUGUUGGCCGGGGCAGUCAAGCGACGCAGCUCCUCACAGUCCUCAGACAAUAGCAAGAAACAGAAGGUUGAGGAGUCUGCAGCAUGGAAUGGGGGCCAGACAGAGCAGGAGGCGGGCGGAGAUGCGGGUGAGCAGACCUCCACAGUAAAGACGACAGGCAUCCUCCACCUGCCAUCGGCCGCCGUGUGUGUGGGCAUCCUGCCGGGCCUGGGAGCCUACUCCGGCAGCAGUGACUCUGAGUCCAGUAGCGACAGCGAAGUUUAAAUCCCUGGCAGCCUAACCUGAUGACAUCCCCCUGCGGCUGCACCUGUGCUAUUGCCAAGGGAACAGUGACUGACAGCUUGGGAUCAAG